CUUCCCCUUCAAAUUCGAAUUCUAGUGAAGUGGACGCCAAGUAACGAAGCUCCCUCUGCCCCCAAUAUCUUCUCUCCUCAACCAAAUCGUUCACUAACCACCCUCUCUCUCUCUCUCUCUCAAAGUUGCUGUCGUUUUCCUGUCUCUCUCGAAUCUUAAUUAAAAGGACAACCUUGUUGUCUUUCUCUGAGUCAUUAAAUCCACUCGAGUCUCUCUGAAUUUAUGUCUCUCGAAGAGUGUAAGAACAUGGAGGGUGGAGAUGGAGUCGCGAGAAACAAGAGGGCAGAGAUUGAUACGAGGGCGCCUUUCAGGUCGGUUAAGGAGGCCGUUAUGUUGUUCGGUGAGAAAGUUUUGGCCGGCGAGCUCUACUCCAAUAAGCUCAAACGGGGCAGAGGAAGCGAAAACGAGAACGAACCAUCCAAAUUGGGAACCAUUACAGCAGAGCUAGAGGAGACAAAACAGAGCCUUGAAAAGGCUAAAGAAGAAAGCAUGUUAAUGGCAACCAAUCUCUCCUCUCUUCAAGAAGAGCUCGAUCAGACAAAGCGAGAGCUCCAACGACUGAAGCAACCAAUCAAACCAGUAAUGGAGACAGAGAUUGAAGAUGUCCAAAUCAUCGAAGAAGACUCAACAAAGUUUGAAGUGCCAAGAACACAGAGGAAUGUCAAAAAUACUUGUACUCAUGAUGAGAAGAGAUAUGUGAGCUUUGCUCCUCCGCCUUCGUUGGCACAAGUUAUGGUACCAGCAAAAGGUGUUGAAGUGCUGGAAAGACACCCUUCACUUAGAAAGAAGAAGAAGAAGAAGGCAUUGAUUCCUCUUAUUGGAGGGAUCUUGUUCUUCUCUAAGAAGAAAGGAACUGCUACUGAUGCUGCUGCAUUCAAGUAGAUUAUUAUUAUUAAUUCCAUUAGAAAUAAACAAAAGUACGUAUAAUUGAUGACCUUUUUGUACUCGUAUGAGGAUAAUUGUUUGUGUUAUGAGAAUAAUUGUGAUGUAAUCUCAUCCAAAUUUACUUUCUUGUAUUA